CCGUAAACGGUCACGAUAAUGUAGUAAAUCAAUAACACGUGUAAAAAAAUAUUUUAUGAAGCUAGCGACACCAAGAUGGGGAUUUUGGUGUCAAUUUAUCUAUGAUACCAGUAUUUAUUCAAACUAAUAAGAUGGUGAUCCUUGCAGUUGAAGAUACAUUGUCCGAAUUUAAAUAAUUUGAGUAGUUUAAAGGAUUGCAAGGAAAGAAUUAUGUUCGUGGCAGUGGAGAUGGUUGACACUGUCAGAAUCCCCCCAUGGAAUUUCCAGCGGCAGUUCAAUGAAGCCAUAGCCGAAGAACUCAACAAGAAAUUGGCCAAUAAGGUGGUUUACCAGGUUGGCCUCUGUAUCUGUUUGUAUGACAUCACAAAACUGGAGGAUUCCUACAUAUUUCCAGGUGAUGGAGCUUCCCACACCAAAGUCCACUUCAGGUAUGUUGUGUUCCACCCUUURUUGGAUGAGAUUCUUGUUGGAAAGAUCAAGUACUGCAGUCAAGAAGGAGUACAUGUCAGCCUAGGAUUCUUUGAUGACAUCGUCAUUCCCCCAGAGUCCCUACAGCAGCCUGCAAAAUUCGAUGAAGCGGAGCAGGUGUGGGUGUGGGAGUAUGAGACGGACGAAGGGGCUCAUGACCUCUACAUGGACCAAGGUGAGGACAUCCGCUUCCGGGUCACAGAUGAAGUCUUCUUGGACACGUCGCCCACAGGCCCUUCUGCCGCAGCAACCAACUCCCCUGCAGCUCCAGGAGCAGAGGAGGGUGGCCAGAAGAAAGAGGCCCCUUACACACUGCUAGGUACCAUUAGCGAGCCAGGCUUGGGCCUCCUGUCCUGGUGGAACAGCUAGCGAAAGGAGAGACCAUUACAGUACAGAAAACGGGAGACGGCUGUCAAGUAUUCAUCCCAGCUGCUGGACAUAAACCUUCUUUUUUAGACCCUUCUCAGUCACUCCUCCCAGGUUGUGACUUUAACACUGGAGAAACAUGCCUCUGUGAAGUGUCCACAAGGCUAAUAGACACAGAACUUUGGGCUCAAGUAGAGGAGCCAGGAUUCCCAUAAUAGGAAUGGCAGACCCAAGGACAAGGGACCAGUAGCAAGGAUUUCUAAUAGAGCACCCAGGCCGGGGACAUGGAAACUGCCUCACUUGCAAAGGUGUAGAUCCACUUCCCCCUGUAUAUUGUAAAUACUACCACCAUAACUGUUAACGUACCAGCAGUUACACCCGGUGCACAUGACUGUAAGAAAGACUGACUAAAGGGCCCCAAUUGGCCUAUUUAGUGUCACCAUGUAAGUCUGUGAGUGUUCAGUUGAACAAAUAAUGGAGUGAGUGUGCCUAAAUAUACAAUUGUGUGUUGUCUUUGUGACCAGUA